AUGAUCUGUUUAUCUAUCUAUCUAUCUAUCUAUCUAUCGAAGGAUGAGGGUGAUGAUGAUGAUGAUCUAUCUAUCUAUCAAAGGAUGAUGAUGAGGAUGAUGAUGAUCUAUCUAUCUAUCUAUCUAUCGAAGGAUGAGGAUGAUGAGGAUGGUGAUGAUGAUCUAUCUAUCUAUCUAUCUAUCUUUCAAAGGAUGAUGAUGAUGAUCUAUCUAUUUAUCUAUCUAAUGAUGAUGAUGAUGUUUUUCUUUCAUUUCAAUUUUUCUUUCCUUUCUUCUUUCUUUUAUUUUUUAUUUUGCUUCACUUUUUUAUUUUUCACUUUCCUUUCAUCGUUUCCUUCCUUCCUUCGUUUCCUUCCUUCGUUUCCUUCCUUCGUUUCCUUCCUUCCUUCGUUUCCUUCCCUGCGUUUCCUUCCUUCCUUCUUUCCUUCCCUCCUUCGUUUCCUUCCUUCCUUCCUUCCUUCGUUUCCUUCCUUCUUUCCUUCCCUCCGUUUCCUUCCUUCCUUCUUUCCUUCCCUCCUUCGUUUCCUUCGUUCGUUAGUUCCUUCCGUCCUUCUUUCCUUCCUUUCGCCCUUCCUUCCUUCCUUCCUUUGUUUCUUUACUUCCUUCCUUCUUUCCUACCUUCCUUUCUCCUUCCUUCGUUUCCUUCCUUCGUUUCCUUCUUUCCUUCUUUCUUUCCUUCCUACUUUCCUUUCUCCCUUCCUUUCUCCCUUCCUUCCUUUCUUCCUUUUUUCCUCCCUUCCUUCGUUUCGUUUCGUUCGUUCGUUCGUUCCUUCCUUCCUUCCUUCUUUCCUUCAUUUCCAUCCUUCAUUCUUUCUUUCCUUUUUUUCCUUCCUUCCUUCUUUCCUUCCUUCCUACGUUUUCUUCCUUCCUUCUUUCAUUAUUUCCUUCCUUCCUUCCUUUACUCCCUUCCUUCCUCUCUUUCCUCCCUUCCUUUCCUUCCUUCCUCCCUUCCAUCCUUCCUUUCCUUCCUUCCUUUCUUCCUUCCUUCCUUCCUUCCUCUCCUUCCUUCCUUCCUUCCUUCCUUCCUUCCUUCCUUCCUUCCUUCCUCUCCUUCCUUCCUUCCUUCCUUCCUUUAAUCUCUCUAAUUUCUUUCCAUUGGCGGAACCAAGGAAUUUAGUUCGUCGGAGCCCUUUUUAUUUAUUUCUUCUCCUUUUCUUUUUUUAUUUCUUUUUUAAUUUCAUUUGUUAUUUCUCCUUCUUUUCCCUUCAUUUCUUUCCCUUUUUCUUUCAAUUGUUUUUAAUCUUUCUUUCCUCCUUUCUUUUUGUACCUGUUUUCUUUGGUUUAUUCUGCCUAUCUCCUGUUCUUUCUUUCUUUCUUUCUUUCUUUCUUUCUUUCUUUCUUUCUUUUUUGCCCUUUCCUCACUCUGCCUAUCACCUUUUCAUUCUUUCUUUCUUUCUUUCUUUCUUUCUUUCUUUCUUUCUUUCUUUCUUUCUUUCAUAA